AUGGAUCAUGUUGCAAUUCCAAAUUUUGCACAAGAUGGCACAUCGAAAUGGGGGCUCAUCUUUCACACGGAAGCUGAUCUCAUUUAUGAUGAGAAAUUAGAUCCAGUUAUGCGCAAAAUGGAAGUCGCACGUUUAAUAGCAUCUAAAAUAGCAUAUCAAUGGUUCAGUAACGCACUCAGUUCAGCUUGGUGGUCUCAUUUUUUACACGUCGCUUUUGCUAAUAUAUUCGGAGAAGAAGCUGUUGCUAAGAACUUCAAUAAUUCUGAAAUUUUGGAUCUCUUUAUAAUUCAGAAUCAAUACGAAUCUCUUCAUAUGGAUUCUUUUAAUGAAAAUCCUGUGGAAAUUACAAACUCGGACAUUAAUUCACUCUUCAGUUUUCCUCGCUACAUGAAAGCUGGACAUUAUGGGAGUAUAAGUGUCAUCAAUCGUGCUAAAAUCAUUGAUGAUGCGUUUUAUUUGAUGAUGAAUCGUCAGCUCAACGUAUCUGUAUUUUGGAAUCUCACGCAAUUCUUAUCGCAAGAGACAAAUUUUUUUGUAUGGUAUCCAAUGAUUAAAGUGCUUGAAUAUAUGUCGAUUACAAUUCCACUUUCCAAAGAAGAAAUUAAGUUCAUCGAUAUUAUGAACAAAUUUAGAAAAUUGUUGGAAGAGCCACUAAAGAAAUUAGGAUAUGAAGAACAUCUGAUGGAAAAUGACUUUAUUAAAUGUUUAAGACAAGAAAUUGCGAAAUGGGCAUGUAUUCUCCAAUACGAUGAGUGUCAACAAUCAGCUCUUCGUAAAUUAGAACAACAUCUAGAAAAACCAGAAAAAAACCCCCUUUUGCCAUGGUGGAAGCACUGGACAUAUUGCAACGGUUUAGCAACAACUGAUUUUUUUACGUGGCAACAUCUAGCAGAUGUAUGGUUCAAAGAACGUAAUCUUAUACCAUUCUUAACUUGUUUUAAUUAUGGUACUUUAUUAUUAUCGGAGCUAUUCAAACAAGAUGGAGAACAAAAUAUGCGAUUAUAUAUAGACAUUUUGCAUUCAAUUAUUAUGAAACAUUCUAACUCUUAUACAUACGAAAUACUCGACGGAAUAUUUACACGUUUGGAGAUAACAAAACCUAAACAAAUCAACAUAUUAACAGUACUAGUUGAUAUCAUUAAUCAUGUAUACACUUACAACAAUCUGAGGAAGUCAGACUUCACCAAUGUAUGA